CACAAAUCUAUAAAUACCAUUCUCUGUCACAAACCAAAUUUCACACUAACAUUGACAUAUAUAUUUCAAUAAAUAAAAAACUAUAGUAUAUAAUUUGCAUGAACAAUGUCUUCAACUGGUGCUGCUAGUUCUGCAUACAGAGGAGUCCGCAAGAGAAAAUGGGGAAAAUGGGUGUCCGAAAUUCGCGAGCCGGGAACCAAAACAAGAAUCUGGCUCGGAAGUUUCGAGACACCGGAGAUGGCAGCAGCUGCUUACGACGUCGCUGCGUUGCAUUUUCGAGGACGUGAAGCGAGACUCAACUUUCCCGAACUUGCCACAACUCUUCCUCAGCCUUUAAGCAACAAUGCUGAUCAUAUUCGAAUGGCAGCACAUGAAGCCGCCUUGAGUCUAAGAGCCAACAUGUUGGCGUUGGCGCCACCAGAUAACAACAGUAGAACCGACUCUGAGUCAGGUUCAGGUUUAAUCCGUUCUACUGAUAUGGUGGCGCCAACUACAGUGAGGCUCUCUCCGAGUCAAAUUCAGGCGAUUAAUGAUUCGCCGAUGGAUUCGCCUCCGGCGUGGACGCAGAUGUCACACCAUUUUAUGAUGGAUGAUGAAAGCUACUUGUUUGGUAAUAAUGGAUAUGAUUUUGAAGAGAAUUAUGAAUGGGAGGAUAUGCAACAGAGUGAUUCUCUUUGGGAUCCUUGAUUAACUUGGUAUACGUAACGUGUAACGUAUAACGUAUAACGUAUAACGUAUACUUCUACAAUUACGUAUAUUAUAGUAUUUUGAAUGUAAUAACUAAAUACUGAAUUGAUAUUUGAUAUUAUUAGAGGGAUGAGGUUUGUUUGGUUAUAUUAAAUUUCUUUCUUUCAGGAUGAAAGAAACAAGUAAAGGACGGUGAGUUUUGGAGGAUAAUUAUUGAUUUCAUUCAGAAGUGGAAUACAGAAGAUUGAAUAUUUGUGGAAGUUAUUAUUGGCAUAAAAUUUAAUUUUGUUAUAUUAUA